CUGAUGUGGCCGGGGGCGGAGUCUGUAAAUCAGGGAUACGGGAAGAAGUCUGUGUGAUCUGAGGCGAACACGAGAAAUCCCCCGACGAGGCAUAGUGGGGUACACGGGCACACGUCCAGGGUGAUCCAGGGAGAGGCUGGAUUCAGCUCGGAAUGUUUAGCCGUCUUUCUGGCAUUGCCAACACAGUCCUUCAUGAGCUUUCUGGUGAUGGCGAAGGAUCUGAAAACGCAAGAGACAUUGACCCUGGACCAGAAUCUGGAAUUGGAGAGGGAAUGUCAGAGGACCAGAUGGAAAGAUUGGCGCAUUAUGAGCAAUUGGUGGCGCAGCUAAAAGAUCUGAUUCAGCAUAAGGAUGCAGAGUUACAAUGCAAGGAUACAGAACUUCAGCAGAAGGAAAGCCAGAUUAAGGUGGAGAGAGAAGCUUCAGAAGCUAAGUUUGCAAAGCUGAAACUUCAGGCUAAAGCCAAAGUCACAGCUCUGAACAAGCAGAUUGAAGAACUCAAGAAAACAGGCGCUGAUCAGAUAAGCCAAGGUGAAAGAGAAGAUCAACACCGUAAUGGUCAAAAUGAAUCAUCAAAAAGUGUACAGGAUGUUGAAGAUACCAGCUUGAAACUCCAAGAUACUAUUAAUGAUCUUACAAGACAGUUAAAUGAGAGUCACAAUAACAUCAGUGCGCUCGCAGAACAACUUUCCGAUAGUCAAGAAAUUAUUGCUGGUCUGACAAAGCAGCUACAAGACAGUCAAGAAAGUGUGCUCCAACACACACAAGCCCUUCGGGAAAGCCAGGAUGCUGUGAAAAGUCUUCAGGAGAAGCAAGAGCUCGAGACUCGUCAAAUACAGAGAACACUAGAAGAAAAGACUGAAGCCCUCCAUUCCCGCAAUCAGGUGGUGGAGAUGUUGGAGCAAGAAUUACAGAGUGCUGAACUUCAGAAGCAGGUCUUGUCCGAGCAGUUUCGUGAGAUGGAACAGGAAUUGAUAUCUCUACGAGAAUCUCUAGUUAUUGAACAAAAAGAGCAUUCUCAACAAGCUGAAUUGUACAAAGACUUAUUGGAAGAGAAAGAUAUUUUAUGCCAGCAGUUACAGGAAACUAUUGAUAAAGACAAGGGUGCAGCAAGUGAGGUAGAGUCUUUGAAAUCACAACUGGAGAAGGUCAAACUGCAGCUGGAUACUGUACCGCAGCCGGAUUUGGAACACAUCCAGGUUGAACUAGGAAGAGAAGCACAAGAGGAACUAGACAAAUUGAGAACAGAGCUGGAGAAAGAAAAAGGAGCUCAGGCAGAAUUACAGCAACUAAGUGAACUGCUUGAAAAGGAAAAGGCUGCCCAGGAAAAGCUGGAAAAAGAUACAGAAGAGGAGGUGCAGCAACUAAGAAAAGAGCUUGAAAAGGAGAAAAAUGAAAAGGAGGCAUUACUGCAAAUAACUGAAAAGCUUAAAAACGGAAAAGCUGACAAUGAGGAGUUGCAGAAAUUAAGAGAACAGCUUGAAAAAGAGAAGGGUGCCCAGGAAGAGUUGCAACAACUUAGAGAAGAACUUCAAAAAGAGAAAGGUGCCCAGGAACAGUUGCAACAACUUAAAGAAGAACUUGAAAAGGGGAGAGGUGCACAGGAGGACUUGCAGAAAUUAAAAGAACCUGAAAAGGAGAGAGGUGCACAAGAGGAGUUGCAGCAAAAGGAGAAAGGUGCACAGGAGGAGUUGCAGAAAUUGCAAGAACCUGAAAAGGAGAAAGGUGCACAGGAGGAGUUGCAGCAAAAAGAGAAAGGUGCACAAGAGGAGUUGCAGCAAAAGGAGAAAGGUGCACAAGAGGAGUUGCAGCAAAAGGAGAGAGGUGCACAGGAGGAGUUGCAGCAAUUACGAGAAGAACCGGAAAUGGAGAAAGGGGCACAGGAGGAAUUGCAAAGAUUAAGAGCAGAACUGGAACAGCAGAAAGAAACCAAAACACAGUUACAGGUUGAGCUGAACUUGCUAAAAAAACUUAAUGAGGAGCUCUUGGCUAAAGCAAAAGGUGAGCAAGAUACACUAAACAGAAAUGAAGGUGAUCUGGCAAGUGUGAAAAUUGAGCUAGAAAGCAGAAAUAAAAAGAAGGAAGAGUUGUUUAAAUUGAAGGAAGAACUACAAAGAAUUAAUGAGUCCCUUAAAGAAUUUGAUUAUGUAAAAGAAAAGUUGGAAAGAGGGCAGAAAACACUGAGUGAUCUGGAGAGGAUGAAACAGGAGAUGGACAGAAUGAGAGAUGCUGAUACUGAAUUGUGUGUGCAGGAAUUACCUCAAAAGGAGCCAGCAGGGGUUAAAAAGGACUUGCAAACCUUAGUCACUUUUGCAAACUUGAACACCCAGCACUACACAGUGACAACAGAUGAAGAUACUGGUACCAUAUCCUCUACAGUCAGUUGUCGGGAAUCUGUGAUAAGUCACCAGGUAUUACAAUCCACUUCUGUGAAUGUACAAACCAAUUCAGUAUCUCAGGAGCUUGUUUUUGAUGCUAGUGUUGAAGAUGGAAAGGAAAAGCAACUGUCUAUACUUAUGAUGGAUCUAAAAGAUACUCAGGAAGAAAUAAAUAAGCUGAAAGGAGAACUGCUGCCAGAAGGCAAUAUAAAUGAAUGUAUACUAAGGGAGCAGGCCAUAGAAAAUAACAAAGAUGUAUCAGAGAAAGCUGAAACUCCUAUCCAGAUCCUUGAUUCUUCUGAUCUCAAAUACCAGGAUAUUAAUGCAGACAAUGAUGAAAUUCUUGUAAUGAAAAAAAUGAUUGCAGAACUCCAAGGCCAGAUUGAGACUAUCACAUCUGAGAAGCAGCAAAUCGCCUUACAGCUCAAUGUAGUUUUAGGUAAACAGACUAGAGGUGAAACGGUGCAGCAACUGAAUGAAUUUUUAGAGAUUGAAAAGCAACAGUUGACUGCCUAUGAAAGUCAAAACAUACUUGUAGAACAAGUACAGAGUUUGGAAAAUGAGUUUAAGUCUAAAGACGUAAAGAUCACUGCUUUACAGAAAGACCUAGACCUUAUGAAUCUUCUGUUGUCUGAACGAAAUGAACUCAUAAAACUACAGGAAAACCAGUUGGAAGAGAAGGAACGACAUCUUGAAAGCUUUAACCAAGUGCUUAGCCUUAGUCAAAAUAAAGAGGAAAGACUCUCUGAAGAACUUGCCACUAGUGAACAUGAAAAAGCCUUACUUCAAGACCUACUGGCACAAAAAACAAUAGAGAUUCAAGGCCUUCAAGAGUCCAUUUCAGAAAAGGAUAGACAAGUUGAAGAGAUAAGCCACAGCUUAUCUGAUAAGGUGGUUCUUUUAAAUGAGGAAAAAUAUUCCAUGAGUAAGGAGAUAAAAGCCCUGAAGGAACAGUUGAAUGCCACCAUCCAAGACCAAAAUGGUAAGGAUGAAGAAUUAAUACAGGCAUUAAGAAAAGAAAAUACAGAAAUACAUUUAGAAGUAGAAAAGGUUACUAAAGAGAAAUGUCAUCUUCAGGAGAUGCUGGAAAGUGUUCGGAGUGAGGUUGCAGAGUUGAAAAGCCAAUUGGAAACUGUGGAAAUAAAGCAAGCCCAAAGCCAAAAAAUUAUAAAGAUUGCCCAUGAAGAGCAGGAAACAUUGCAAUCACAGUUACAAGAUCAGAAAUGUGAACUCUUGAAUAGACAAAAAGAUUAUGAGGAACUGCAAAUUCAGUUAGAUACCAAGAUGAAUUACAAUGUGCAGCAGCUUCAACUCAUAAGUGAGAAACAGCAAAAUAGUUUGGAAAUUAUUGAACAUUUGCAAGGGGAAAAGAGUGCACUGGAAAGUCAGCUUAAAGCUUACGUAGAGAGAUCAGAACGUGAUGCAGGACGGGAGGAAUUAAACGAUAAAGAAGAACUUCAGACUCAACUAGCAGAUCACAAAAAAGAGAUUGAACAGCUAAAGAAGAAACUACAAGCUGCUUUAAUUAGUAGAAAAGAGCUGAAUCGCAAAAUCUCAAAACUAGAGAAACAAAUGGUUAACACUGCAGUGAAUCAAGAGAUGGAAUUAACUGGCAGUGCCAAUGUUGAAGUAAAAUCCAAUGUUGAAGAAAUAUCUGAGCAAAGCAUCACAGCAGAUAGUCUGAAGCAACAAUUGUCCGAAAAAGAAUUUGACCUGGAAACUGUCCGGAAAGAACUUGUGGAGAAAAGUGCAGCUAAUGUACAGCUUCAAAACAUGGUUGAAGAAUUAUUAUUAGAACUAAAAGAUAAAUCAAACCAGAUUGAGUCUUUAAAAACCGAGCACACAGAGGGAACACCAGUAGACUCUAAUAUAUUGGAUGAUAACCAAGAGGCAAGAAUUCAACUCAAAAACAGAAUAGCAACUCUUGAGCAAGACAAAGAGAUUUUGCAAAAAAAAUUACAGGAGGCAUUGCAUUCUCGCAAAGAUACCAUUAAGAAGGCACAGGAAAAAGACCGCCACCACCGUGAACAACUAAAGCAGCAAAAAGAAGACUUUAGUCUCUUGCAAGAAAAGUAUGAAAAAUUAGAACUGAAUCAAAAGGCACACCCGAUUUCUGAAGCAAUUCUUGAGGAAAGAAGUGCACAAGCUAUAAUGCCUUAUCCUUCAGAAAAACCACAAUGUACCAUUCCUAAUACUUCUGAACACCUUAUUUCAGUGUCUCUUUCAGAAGAGAAUCCUGAAGAAUCACAUUGGGGAAAGGACUGGGUAGAUGUUUCACCUGCAAGUGUUGAAGACUCUGUGCAUGACACGUCAGGUAUUUCAGGUCUUGCAAUUAAAGACUAUCAAUCACAGUUGGAAGUCUUUCAGUCCCAGAAAAGUGAACUGGAAUUAAAAACCUUGCAACUAGAAGAGACACUAAGUGGCCAUUUAAAACAGAUUUCACACAUGCAGAACACAAUAGACCAAUUAAAUAGAGAGCUACAAAAUGAGAAGGAAAAAAAUGUAAGCUUAGAAGAACAUGCAUCCACUCUAAAAGCAGAAAUUGAAAGUAGUAACCAGGAAAUAUCUCACCUAAAUGAAGUUACAAUUGGAAAUUUAAAUAAAGAAUUAAUGUGUAAAAGGGAGGAGAUUGAACAACUUCAACAGGCGCUAGAGGGUUUAAACCUAGCUCUUAAGAAUGGAAAUGUGUUGUUGGCUGAGAAAGAUAAUGUUGUACUGUCUCUUAAAACCCAACUUGAAGUUCAGACUAAAGAGUAUGAAGAGCACACCAGGAAGCAGUCUCUUGAAUCCCAAAAUAAACUGGAUGAAGAGGUGGAGGAAUGUAAGGGCAAGCAACAGCUUCAAAGAAAACUUCAGGCUGCACUGAUCUCUAGAAAAGAUGCACUUAAAGAAAACAAGGCUUUAAAACUAGAAUUGGAUAGUGUUAUAAAUAUUAAGGAUGACCUGUCCAACAGACUACAGAUAUCUGAGGGUUUGGUUAACCAUCUGAAUGUUGAAAAAGAUACAUGGCUUAAGACAGCAUCGGCUCAGAAAGAAGAGCGAGACAGGCUUAUUGCUGAAAUUGACAAAUGUUUAUUGGAAAACCAAAAUUUUGAAGCUUCCUGUGAAAGCUUAAAAUUAGCAUUGGCAGGAAUCACUCAAGAAAAAGAAGAUUUAAGAAAAGAGUUGGAAUCUAUGAAGUUGUAUUCAAAUUCUCAGGUAUCUGAGUGGCAAGAAAAGCUUACAGAUUUGCAGAAAGAGUAUGAGACACUGUUACAGUCUUAUGAGAAUGUGAGCAAUGAAACAGAUAGGAUGAAGCGUGCAGUGGAAACAGUAAGACAUGAAAAGCAAGAGUUAUUUAGUAAAAUAAAAAGUGUGGAGACUGAAAAGAAAGAAGUAGAGCAGCAGCUAGAAGAGGCAGAAAAGGAGAUUGAAAAUAUGAAAGAAAAAAUGAGGAAAUUUGCUAAAGCUAAGCAACAAAAAAUACUUGAACUGGAGGAGGAAAAUGACAGAUUAAGGGGAGAAUCACAACUGGCAAUGGUGGACCAGAAGUCUGAUACAGCUAAUGCAGAAAAUGCCAGCCUAAAAGAAGAGCUAGAUAAGGUCCACUCAGAAAACCAUAGCCUAAUACUUCAGUUAGAACAGGUAAAGUCUGAAAAAGAUGAUAUAGCUCAAGAAAUUGAAUCACUAAGACUACAGUUACAUAAUGUUAAGGCUAAUGUACAAAUUAGACUGCAGGAACCUAUAUCUGAAAUACAUGAAGAGACAAUCAUUAAAAAUGAAGUUGAGGUGGCUGGUUCUCAGCUUCUAGAAGAUGAAGCAUUAAUUGAAAAACAGCAAGAAUAUGGAGAACUGGCGGCAAAACAUGAGCAAGGCCAACAAGAAGAAACCCAGGAAGAAACUUUACAAAUGAAAGAACUGAUCAAAAAACUAGAAGGCAAUGCCAUGAUAAAACAAAACGAAAUAGAGUAUAAGAAUGGUGAAAUCACGAUUUUAAUGGAAGAAAAGUUAAGCUUGGAGACUCAGCUCAUGAAUCUACAAAGUAGGGUUACUAAAAUGGAAAUAGAAAUUGUAGAGUUGGAAAAUAAGUAUCAGGUAGCUAUUGACGACCUGGAUGAAGUGAAAAGGCAGAAAUAUGCUGUUGAGCUUGAGAAGGAUGAGCUAGAAGAGAGAUUAAUGAACCAGAUGGCUGAACUCAAUGGAAGCAUUGGAAAUUUCCAGCAAGAUGCUAUGGAUCUGCAAGUAAAAAAUGACAACCUAGAAAAAGAAAUGGAGAAUGUUAAACUUCAGUUAGAGGAGGAAAAACGACAGCUGGAAAGGCAGAAAGUUGAAGCUUUGUCUGUGGCACAAAAGGAGUAUGUGGAAAAAUUAAAAUCUGCAAACCAGAGUGCCAAAGGCAGAAAGACACUAUCAAAGGAGCUUCAGGAGCUGCUGAAAGAAAAGCAGCAAGAGGUUCGACACUUGCAGAAAGAUUGCAUACGAUAUCAGGAAACUAUCAGUGGUUUAGAAAGGACAAUUAAAGCCCUCGAAUUUGAGCACAAUAAUUGUGAAAAAGAGAAACUGAUCUCUAAUGAUAAGGUAAUGAAAGCAAUGGAGGACACAAGCAAGGCUCAGAAAGAUCUAGCAUCUUUUCGUGUGCUGCUUGAUGAUACACAAAGUGAAGCAGCAAGGGUUUUAGCAGAAAAUCUAAAAUUAAAAGAUGACAUGAAUACGAUAACUGAAAAUACAACAAUAAUGCUGAAAAAGAAAGAGGAAGAUAUGGAAAAGAGACUUUAUACGGAGAGGGAAAAACAUAUGAAAGAAAUUGCAAAUUUACAGCAGAAAAUAAAUGUUCUACAGCAAGAAAAAGAACAUCUUGAGGGGUUUAUUGUCAAUUUACAGAGCCAGAUGAAUGACAAGGAUCAGGAAAUGAAGAACUUACAGGGCAACUUGAACCAAAAUAUAGCCAAACUUGCAGCCUUUACACACAGCAUGUGUUCUUUACAAAAUGACAGAGACCGUGUUAUAGAAGAAUCAAAAAAGUGGAGCGACACGUUCACCGAUGCAAUGCAGAAAAAGGAUACUGAGAUAAACAACAAGGAGAAAGUUUGUUUGGAUCUUAAAAAUGAGCUGCUGCAUAUUAAAUCCCAACUUGAAGAACUUAAGGUUGAGGUAACCAGGCUUCAAUCUGAGAACACAGAACUUGUAACAAGUCGACAAGCUGAAGCAGAGGGCCACCUAAAAACAAAAGAGACUCUGUUGGGACAGACCACAAUCCUUUCUUCUUCUUUGGAGGAAGAGCAAAAGAGGCACAGUGUUUGUCAGCAGGAACUGAAACUGCGCACUCAGGAAGCAAAUGAUAGGCAGAAUCAGUUGGAGGCUCUUAAAAUAGAAAUAAGUCAAAUUAAAUAUAUAAAUGAAAAUCUGUCUGAAGCAGUAAAAAGAUUGGAGGCAGAGGUCCAAGACUGCAAGUUGCACAAUGAGCAGCUACAGAGUGAUCUACAGGCUUCCAAAUCUCUUAGAGAACAGCUGCACAAAGAAUUGGAGCAAAAGGAGCAAGAUGUGGUGCAGUUAUUAAAUUCUCGUGAUGAAGCUGUUAGUACAGCUGUUAGUGAACUGCAUGAUGUGCAUGCUAUUGAAUGCAAGACAUUAGAAGAUAAACUCAAAGAAACUGACGGGGAGAGACUAAAAAUGCAAGACAAAAUAGAAAAAUUAAAAACUCAAUUAAAAGCCUCAAAAGAGGAGGUUAAGCAAAGUAAAGGGCAGCUAGAGUCCUUCACCAAGUCUAUGUGCUCACUGCAGGAGGAGAGAGAACAUAUUUUAAGUGACUACCAACAGUUGGAGCAGCGGCAUCUUGAUGCAAUUCUUGCCAAAGAUGGCCUAAUUCAAGAGGCGGCAGCAGAGAGCAAUGAGCUGCGUGAAGAAUUAAGGAACCUGCGUAGCCGUACUGAUGACUUAAAUGCACAGAAUGCUAAACUGAAUGCCCAGCUGACUCGCUACCGGGAUGACUUGAGGGAGCUUAUUUCAUUAAAGGACUCACAACUGAAACAACUCCUGGGUGAAAAAAUACAGGAGAUUGAAACACUAAGACAUGAGCUAAGCAACCAAGAGCAACAGUUGACUAAAGAAAAAAGCCAAAGUGAGAUUUUUCAAAGGGGGCUAGAUGAAAGUAAGUUAGAAAAUCAGAAAAUGCUGGAAGAGGUUGCUAACCUAAAUUUCAAUGUAUCUCAGCUGCACACUGAAAUUGGGACACUACAAAACCAGGCUGAACAAGACAAGCAAGAAAUGCAGAUUUUAAAAGAAGAACUGAUACAAGUGCAAAAGGAAUUGACACGCGUUCAAGAAGAAAGCUCUUGCGCACAGGUAGAGGCAGAACAGCGAGUACAGCAUGCAGAAGAUGAACUAAAUAAGAAGCUAAAAAGCAUACAGCAUGAUACUGGCAUCUUGCGUACCGAGACAGAGACUGCGGAAGAGCGAGUAGCCGAGCUUGCAAGGGAUCUUAUGGAAUCAGAACAGCGAUUGCUAACUGCAAAUGAAGAAAUAUCUGGUCUUAAAGCUCAGCUGCAGGCAUUUGAAGGUUCAAUGAGGUCUUUACAGGAUAGUCAUGAUUUGGCUCAGGAAGAAGUACAAAGGCUGCAGGAGCAGCUGAAUGUAGUAUCUGUCAUGAAUACUGAACUUAGUGCUGUAAACUCUGAAAAGGACCAUCUCAAUAUUCUGUUAUCAGAAAGCAAGGAAGAGCAACACAAGAUGGAGAUGCAGCUUAAAGAUGUAAAGAAGACUUUGCAAGCAAAGGAAGAAGAAAUAAUUAGAAUGACAUCUGAAUACAAUAGUUCGCAGACACAGCUACAAAAUAUGUCCAAAGAAAUGGGUAGUCUGCAGGAAGAUCGUUUUAGGCUGCAAAGUACUUUAAAGACCCCAAAGGAAAUUGAAAGGAGUUUGCAGAGUCCUUACCAAAAAGAAACAAAGAUCUCCCAUAAUGAUGCCAGCAACUCGGCCGAAGAGCUUCAAAGGAUGCAAAUAGAGGUGCAAAACUUACAUACUCAGCUAAAUGAAACACUAACACAAGUUCAUCAUAAAGAACUCAGGAUUCAACAACUGAACUCAAAGCUUUCUCACAUUUUUGAGGAGAAAAAUACUUUUUCUCUGCAAUUGCGCGGCAGCAACCAGCAACUGCGUGAUGUUACUAGUCGCUGUUCUUCCCUUGAAAGACAGCUUCAAGAACUGCAGCAAAAGAACUUGGAAACAUUGGCAAGUGAUACUGCCCCUGGAGCGCCACAGGAGAAGAAGCAACCCCAAACGGAGACAGAUCAGCAAUUAUUGGAACUACAGGAAAGGUAUGUGGAAUUAAAGCAGCAAAUUACUGAUCAAGAACAAGUGAGGUCGGUUCUGGAACAGCAACUGAGAGAGGAGCGCCAAAGAUCAGAGUGCAGGAUUCAAGAACUAGAAGAAAACGUGAACCAGUUAAGUUCACAUGACUGGUCAACUUCUCAGGACUCUGCACCACAUGAGCUGUCAUUGCUGAUCGAAACCAAUGGAACCACAAGUGUUAAGACUCGGAAAUCAUCUUUACGGAGAUUUCUUCGUUUUUUCCUGUGUUCGCGCACCAAGGCUCCCCUGCUCUUUUCUGUGUACCUACUACUCAUCCAUGUACUGCUAUUCCUGUGCUUUACGGGACACCUGUGAUAGAACAUGCUUUAAAAUGAAAACCCAGGAGAGCAUUAGAACCUGCAUGUAAAUCAACGAAGCCACAAUUGGUGCCAAUCAUUGAAGCUGGAACCUCUCAGGAUAUGUUACUAGACUAGGGCUACAGCACAUGUAACCCUAAUCCGUGUGAGCACAGGAAGCAGGACACAAGUGUUACCUCUCAGUGCUCUGGAAUCCUACCCUGUUCACCUUUGAUGCCUUCUCCACAACCCAAAGCCUGACUUUUUGCUCCUUGUGAUUUUCGUAAAUUACCUUUUAAUCUCCUGGGCAUUUUCUGGCCCUUCAUCUGCACCUUUUCUAGCAGUAUGAUAAUGUAAAAUAGAAAAGUCUUAUGUGCACCGGUUUGUAAAUAAAUUUAUAUUGACUGUCAUGUAUAAAUCUACAAAAUCUGCCUCCCCAAGGAAUCUAAGAGGACUGAAACAUAUUUAUUAUAAUAAAUGCACAGAGACCAAGAUUUUUUAUUCCUGUAAAUGUCACAUAUUGAUUUCUUUAUGCCAAACAGCAUGCAAUAUGUAAAAGGUGUUAUGAUGGCGAAAAGAGUGGCCAUUUUACUUUUUGUUUUAGCCAUCUACACUUUGUGUUGUCUCCUAAGAAGUGAUGCUUUUUAGAGUUUGCCAAUGGCCUUGUCCUGUAGUUUUUUCUUUUUAUUGCUUUUAUUUGAUGGCAGUCCGGAGACAAGGCACUGCCUCAAAGGGCUUGACCAGAGCUAAUUUCUUCCAAAAACCACACCACCAUUUUCCUUAGGUUGCAGUAUUGCAGUUCAGUUCCAUUGAAUGUAAUAGAGACAAGUUGUAGUACCACCCACCACCUGUGUACAGGGAUGUUUCUGUUUUUGGAAUAAAUUAGUCCUGGUUUUCUAUUUCUGGAUAACCCAUUUAAUAAAAAGGAGUGCACGGGCACAUUUUCCUGGCCAUAAUCCCAGUUUGAUGACCUGUACUGAAGGCUGUCAGGCCAGGAAUUGCAGCAGUAUUAUGGAUGUUCAUAUGCGUCCAUAUUAGGAUAGUUUCAAAUCAGCGUUUGGACCCAUUCAGGCAUGGUCAGUUUACGUACUUAAACGGUUAUUCGGAAUAGAUGAUUAAGAAAAACUUUCUAUUUUUAAAAUGGUUAGUUUGAUGUUCAGUUAAAAAGCAAAUGAAAUGUUGACAUCAGUUUAAACCUUUUAUUUUUUUCUUUUCUUUCUGAGCAUGCUUAGUUUGCAAGCCGCAAGAAUAUGGAGCCCCCUUCCAGUCACAGUUAUUAUAGACUGUAAUGUUGAUUUUUAGUAGUUCGUUGUCUCUUUUUUUGGCUGCACAACAAAAUAGUGCAUGUCAGAGUUGAUCAGGCAAAAAAAAACUGACUGCAAAUGUAACUGAAGCAAAUUGAGAUGAACUGAUCACAAAAAUGACCCAUUAAUGGGAUCAGUUCCGUGUCAUCAGAGAUUACUUAGAUAGAAAAGAACAACCUUAACUUCAGAAGCUCAUAAGUACUGAAAUGAUUAAGAUUUUUUAAUAGAAGUAAUUUACAAAUCUGUUUAACUUUCUUGAACCAGUUGAUAUAUAAAAAAUAAAGUUUUUUCCUGGAAUACCCCUUUAACUUGCUGACGGCAGCAACCCACCUGAAGCUUGAUUUUAUUUUUUUAAAGCAACUCUCAAAUGAAUAGAGAAUUCUGAUUGGUUACUACAAACAACUAGGACAGUUUAAAAAAAAAAAACUUUUUACAUUGGAGGCUGAAAGCAUCUUUUAAUCCUAAUAAUCUGUCAUUUCUGUGGGCUUUAACAAUAUAUACCUUAUAAUUCUUGGUGCACUUUAGACAAGCCAUUGUCUGAUAAAUUUCACAUUGCAAUUGUGUCAAUAUAAUACCUUUUUAAAAUGAACAUCUACGUGUGUUGUAUGAUAUUAACAUACUGUGUAAAUGCUUGUACAACAUGUAUGUAUAUACUGCUAAUGUUUGCUUUGUCCUUCAGGCACUGGCACACUUUCUCAUUUUUUUGCAAGUAUUUUUAUUGUGACAAUCAGAGAUGAGCGAAUUUACAGUAAAUUUGAUUUGUCACGAACUUCUCAGCUCGGCAGUUGAUGAC